UUUGUUUUAUAACCUGAAAACAACAAACAGGGAAUAAAUAACCAAACCCGCAAUUUUAUUAGUUUAAAUUUGUGCUGUUUACAAGUGUUUAGCCAAGUAAUGAAUAUUAGCACAGAAUUUAAGCCCGUGCUGACAAAGGCAGCCCUGGCGCUCCAACAAAAGCAAAACAGUCCUGCCUUUCAGGCUUUGGUUUUUCAAGAGCCCCAAACUCAUGGGAAGUCAAACUCAGCUACAGACGGUGACAACACAGCAGCACAAGGAGCACCCAAAUCCAAAGAUGCAAAAACAGACACUAAUUCUAAUCCCGAGUUUGACAUCAAGAAGGCCCGCCAUGAGGUGCUCAACUUUGCCAUGAACAAUCAACGUGUAAUCAAAAACAAACGCAAAAUGGAAAUCUUUCAACUGGUGAAACUUGGAAUGAAACCACCAAAGAAGGCUUGCAAGAACUACAAGGAGCUACAGGGGGAGCGACAACGUUUAAAGACGAUACGUGAGGAAAGGAAACAGUUUCAUCAGCUGGGCAAGAAUCAAACAGGCGCUGCCAGUGUACGGUGUCGCACUCAAAGCAAAACGCAGCAGGCUCAUAGGCAAAAGAAGCGUGCCCCAGUGGCUAAUAUUGACCAGCAUUACGGCAAUGCAAAGCCCAAGUUUAAAAAUCGGAAAUAAAUAUUAGUAUAAAUUAUUA